AUGAGCAACGGAGACGAACCUGAAUCUGCAUAUGCGAGUCAAGCUGCGAAGCUUUCCCACGUCGAGCCCGAGGAUGAUGAUGAUAAUGGGUCGGGAACGGCGAUAAGAGCAGAUUAUAUAACGCCAAGGGAUACCGUGGUUGUUAUGGAGGAUGGAGGGCGGUUACCAGGGCCACCGUUGGUGGAGGCGGAGAGAUUGAAUGGACUCAGGAGGCAGGCGAGAGGAAUGGGUGGUAAUAUGAUUAGUGAGGCCGAAGGGACCGACGAGCUUGUGAGUGAGGAGAAUAGGUUGGCGGCGGGCGAGGAAGGGCGGGGCUCACAUCAGCAUGGAGGUGAUGCGCGAACAUCAGGACAAGGUUCACUUCGACGAGCUAUGCCACCCUCGAGAACGCAUCCUUUAUUCCCACCUCUACCACUCUACGGCCCUUCGUCGAUUACGAGAGACUUACAGUGUUGGACAUUCAAAACAACGAGUUUCUUCUUGAGCUGUGCAUUCUUGGGGAUCAUUGUGAUGGGAGCGGGAUUUAUGAGUGUGCCGGUCAUUUGUAGGUAUCUUUGGUAUAAGGUUACUCUCCGGGAUCCGGACAGUGGAAGGAUAUUCUACGAGGAAGAGAGAAUGCGGAGAAGACGGAGGAGAGAAGAGGAGAGGAGUUGGAAGAAAAUGAAUCGUCGAAAAUAUUCUCAUGAAAACAUGGACGACAACGAAGAUGAAGCGGGACAAGGAGAAUUCGUACCGACAGAAGGAGGAACAGAUCCACUGAUUUGUGAUGUGGCAUAUUAUGCCCGAAGGGUAGGUUUGGAUGUCGAAGAAUUUAAAGUUCAGACAGAGGAUGGGUUUAUUAUUGUUUUAUGGCAUGUAUAUAACCCAAACGAAUAUACCCCUAUGUCAGCCGAACAACGUGCAGCUCGGGGCCCUGAAUUGUUUACUGGUCAAAGGCCAAGCCGACCACUCCCUUUAAAUACCAAUCGCAAACCGAAAUAUCCGAUCCUAAUGAUUCACGGGCUCUUGCAAUCAUCUGGUGCUUACUGCACCAAUGAUGACCAGUCCCUCGCAUUUUACCUAUGUAAACAAGGCUAUGAUGUCUGGCUCGGCAAUAAUCGAUGCGGUUUCAAGCCAGAACACACCCUUCUUACCUACUCCGAUCCUCGCAUGUGGGCCUGGAAUAUCCGCCAGAUGGGUGUAAUGGAUUUGCCAGCACUGACCUCUCGCGUUCUAUCCGUAACAGGCUUUCCCAAACUUGCUCUCAUCGCCCAUUCCCAAGGCACAACUGAAACAUUCGUCGCCCUCGCGAAAGAGCAGCGACCAGAAUUGGGCGAGAAGCUAUCCGUAUUUUGUGCAUUGGCUCCCGCCGUUUACGCAGGACCUCUCAUCGGGAAAGCUUAUUUCAAAUUCAUGCGCAUGAUCUCUCCUUCAUUCUUUCGCAUCAUCUUUGGCAUCCACGCUUUCAUUCCUUUUAUGAUGACUAUGCAUAAGAUUGUACCAGGAAGCCUUUAUGGAGCUAUGGGAUAUCAUGUCUUUCACUUUCUGUUCAAUUGGAGCGAUGCUAGAUGGGAUAAGGGGACCAGAGAUCGAUGUUUUCAGUUUGCCCCUGUGUAUGUUAGUGCCGAGAGUAUGAGAUGGUGGCUAGGGAGAGAGUGUUUCGCCGAACAGGAGUGCAUAUUAGCAACAAAGGAGGAGGGAAUGCAGGAAGAUGAGGAGGAUAGAUGGGUAUGGGGCGACACACCUGAUAAUUUGGAUAGUAACGAUGAGAAGAUAAAGUUGAAGUCGAAGUCGAAAGGGAACAAAGUAGUUGACGAAUCAUUAAGACCAGCCGAGACUGAGAUGCAAUCCAGAGCAGAAAUAAUGGAAAAGAAAAGAAAGAGGGGACUUAGAGGAAGUACAGCUUGGUACAAUGAACAAGUCCCCCCUUUUGCGCUAUGGGUGGCCGGAUCCGAUGAUUUGGUUGAUGGAAGGAGAUUGCUGCGGAGAUUCGAGAGAGGAAGAGAACCGUGUGUGAAAGUUGUGCAUCAGAAAGUCAUAGAAGAGUAUGAGCAUUUGGACGUUAUCUGGGCAAUAGACGUUCUCGACCAAGUAGGCCGAGAAGUCAAAGAAGUUAUUUGGAAAACGUGUUCGGAGUCUGAUCGAAUCAAGUGUCGGGUUCCGUUCGGUUGCGAAGAGGUGGAAAUCUGGGAUGGUGGAGAGAGGUCUGGAGUUGAGGUUGAAAGAGAUGGUGCUGGGAGUAGUCGGAGUCAAAGUGAUAGUGAUCGAGUUAUCUGGAAUUAG